AUGGCAUUUGCAGGGGAAGAACGUUUGCUUCCUGGAAUUUUCGAGUCCCACGCCAGAACACUCCUUCUUGUGCUGCAUGCGGCAUCUUGCGGGGGUAGCGGGCCGCGGGAGGUGCUUCGCAUGGCGUUGACGCGUGCGGGCCUCGUGACGGGGGUUCUGGACGUGGGGAGCCCUCCCGAUGCCUCUUAUUUUUCUUCGUUUUCUUCUUCUGUCCGGCAGUCAAAGUUCGCGUCGGACUCCUGGAAGGCUGUUGCCUCUGCUGAGGCCUUCGUCAGCGACGUGCAGCGCUUGGCGCAGCGGUGUAUGGCAACAACAGCGACACCUGGAGAAGAAAAGGGGAGGAUGGGGGACCUUUAG